CACUUCCUGAUGGAGCUGCUGAGCUUCGGCGAAGAAUAACACCGAGAGAAGCAGCUUGACGAGUUGGAAAAAGUUGUUUGGCUGUCCAGUGGACAGGGAGAAGCGUUUCCUAAACAUGGACGGUAUUCUUCGGCUUCCAGAACAGGAGUGGUAGAGAACAUCCCCAUGUCACUGCUGACACAUCUAUAACGAAGGGUUGGAUUGUUCAAGUCCCCAUAGCUAACAGCAGCUACCAGGCUAGGAGGCUAACGUAAGAUGGCUAUCUUUCACAUGUAGGCCUUGGUAGAAUAACCUGGGACUGUAGUUUGUCGAAGGCAAAGUCGUGGUUCAUUCCGCUCUACAUUGAUAAUGUAAGAUUUGCAUCGUCGAAUUAACGACUAGAAAGCCAAAGUUUUGCUUUAUGAGUAUGUAGUUUGCUAGCUUAUUUUAGCUAGUAAUGUCUCAAACGUUGCCACCCUCUGAUAUGCUGGAAACACCACCUGGAUAUCCGUUUGAAGAAAUAAACUAUGAGGAUAUUGAAGUUGAAGAGGUGGUGGGAAGAGGAGCUUUUGGGGUUGUCUGCAAAGCCAAGUGGAAAGGCAAAGAUGUUGCAAUCAAGACCAUUGAGAGUGAAUCAGAGAGGAAAGCGUUUACUGUUGAGCUCAGACAGCUUUCACGUGUGAACCACCACAACAUUGUGAAGUUGUAUGGUUCUUGUAAAAACCCGGUCUGCCUCGUGAUGGAAUAUGCUGAAGGUGGAUCAUUGUACAAUGUGCUGCAUGGUGCUGAACCCCUCCCUUAUUACACAGCUUCCCAUGCCAUGAGCUGGUGUUUUCAGUGUGCCCAGGGUGUGGCCUAUCUCCAUGGCAUGAAACCAAAGGCUCUCAUUCACAGGGACCUCAAACCACCCAAUCUGCUUCUAGUGGCUGGUGGCACAGUGCUAAAGAUAUGUGACUUUGGAACAGCUUGUGACAUUCAGACCCACAUGACCAACAACAAAGGAAGUGCAGCAUGGAUGGCCCCAGAGGUAUUUGAAGGCAGCAAUUAUAGCGAGAAGUGUGAUGUUUUCAGCUGGGGUAUCAUUCUCUGGGAAGUGAUCACUCGCAGGAAGCCCUUUGAUGAAAUUGGUGGACCAGCUUUUCGGAUUAUGUGGGCUGUUCACAACGGUACAAGACCGCCACUGAUUAAGAAUUUGCCCAAACCCAUUGAGAGCCUGAUGACUCGCUGCUGGUCUAAAGACCCCUCUCAACGGCCUUCCAUGGAAGAGAUAGUCAAGAUUAUGACUCAUCUAAUGAAGUACUUCCCAGGAUCAGAUGAAUCUCUGCAGUAUCCAUACCAGUAUUCAGAUGAGGCACAGAGCAACUCUGCAAACAGUACAGUUUCAUAUAUGGACUAUACUGGCACCAGCACAAGCAACAGAAGUGACCCAAUGGAGCACAAUGAUUCUCAAGGAAGCAAUGACACUAUCAAGAUCACACCUCAGUUUGCACCUCAUUUCAAACCAAAGGGAGACUCGUUGAGGACUCUGUCUUUGUCCAGAGGGGGCAGUGUUGAGAGCCUACCAGCAAGAACCCAGUGCAUUGCAUCCUCCGACGGCAAACGAAUGAGUGCUGACCUGUCUGAGUUGGAGCCCACAAUGCAGUUUGCUCCCGCAGCACGCACCCAGUAUAAGCGAGGCCAUCGCAAAACUGCAUCAUUCGGGACCAUUCUGGAUGUCCCCAAGAUCGUCGUCACAGCCACCUGCGAGGCUCAGAGACGUCGGUCUGUCCAGGAUCUGUCAGCUAUUGGUACAGAGUCCAGUCAGGGGAGCAGGAACAGCAGCCGGUCCUCCAGUCCAAGUGUGAGACCACCUGACAAGAGAAACAGCAGAAGCUACUUCCCCCAUGACGAUCCUACAGACACUAAUGGCUCAGACAACUCAAUUCCCAUGGCUUAUCUGACCCUGGAUUACCAACUGCAGCCACUGGCUCCCUGUCCAAACUCCAAAGAAUCCAUGGCCGUGUUUGAGCAGCACUGCAAGAUGGCCCAAGAAUACCUGAAAGUCCAAACAGAGAUUGCCCUGCUGAUUCAGCGGAAGAAGGAGCUCAUCGCUGAACUGGACCAAGACGAGAAAGACCAGCAGAAUACGUCACGUCUGGUACAGGAGCACAAAAAACUGCUGGAGGAGAACAAGAGUCUGUCUACAUACUACCAGAAGUGCAAAAAACAGCUGGAACUGAUCCGGAUGCAGCAGCAAAAGAGACAGGGCACAUCAUAAGGACAUGCUGUCAUACAGAGUGCUACCACACCUUCGUCCUCUAGCUGUCCACCCAUCAUCCUCUCUGCUUCACUGCAAAACACCGGCCACUGCUCCUCAACACACACACACACUCAAACAUUUCCCCAUCCAGCAUGCCCUGCAUGUUGCACUAUAGACCCAGUGAGAAGAUGUCUGUCCUCUGUACAUACAUUUGCACACCCCUACAGCAUCUUCUGUGACUAUCGACCAUAUGGUCCCAUCCCCCCAUCCUGUUGAGCCCAGAAUCAGCUGCUGUGUCUCAGAGCAGUCUAAUGGCGGUGACCUCCACUGAGCACAACAGCAGGCCGAAGAGCGUGGCUUGUGUGGGUUUUUUUUGUGUUUGCACUCAGGACCUCCAGGCUGCCUCGUGAGUGUGUGUUUGGAGGCCAACUACAUCAUAAUUCUCCGAAUGUGAAACCAAGACGAAGCCAAUUUACCUAAAUGGAUGAUCCUUCUGCAGAAUUACCGAAAGCUAUGAGGAUGUUUGAAAUGUGCCCGCUGUCCUUGUUACGUAAAACACACCUUCUCUCCUUGAAAUGAACAGAUUUGUCUUUAACAUGUCCCUAUUCUCAUUCUGAGCCCUCUCCAAGUUCCUGGUCACAUGUCACAGCAGCAGUAGGAGGUUCUUCCAGCGUGUUGUAAUCAUCUGCUCUCACCCUCUUCCAGCUCCUAGAGCCAACACAAAGCUGUGGAUUCCCUUAUUGUUUGACCUCAGUAUUGUUUUGUGUGUAAUGUUCUUGUUCUUUCUAUUCAGCAGUUCAUUUGGCAUAUUUGGUCCUGUGGGAUUUUCCCAUUAGAACAGAUUUAACUGGUCUGGAAAUACCCUUGCUGUCACAUUGGAGGAGGCUGCAUCUGAGCGUGCAAAAGGAAUUUGGUUGUAUUUCACAUGUUGCCUUAGAGGUUGCCUGCAUUUAAGUGCUUGUUUUAUGGGACAUAUAUUACAGAUUAAAAAGCAAAGCAGAUGUUCAUGUAAAGAAUGUGGUUUAACUGUUUUCUGGUGAGAAAGCAGUGGAAUGUGUCUGUAACUGAUCAUGUUUCCUUCCAGCUUUACAUGAACACUUUAUGUAGUUUCUCUGCCUUUCACACCCCUCAGAUAUGUUUGCACAGUCACUGUUUUUAGUCUGGUUACAUAGAUGUUUUAUUUCUUUUUUAGGUUCUGUUUUUAAAAGUGACAGACUUAAGAAGUCUUACUUUUAAAAUUCCCAGUCCCCUUCAUGAGUUGGAUUGAUCAGACACGAGGCGUUUCCUACUUCAUGUGAAAGGGAGAUCUGGAAGGCAUUCUAAAAUAAACAGAAUGGUGAAAAGAUGUAUUACUGACUGUCAAAUGAUUGUUUAUUGGUUUCUGUUUAACAAGCUAAUCGUUUGUUUUCAGUGAAGUAUAGACAAAGCUCUGUUUAUCACAGGUAGAAUGAGACGUGUCUAGAAAGUUGGACAUUUGUGAAAAAUAGUAACUAGGAGAAAAAGUUCCAGAACCGUCCAAAUGUUUUCACAUUGUGUCAUGUUACAAACCAAACUACACUGUGAUGUGAAAGGGUCAGCCAACACAAGGUAGUGCAUAACUGUAACCUGAAAGAAAAAUGAUCCAUGAUUCUAAAAGAUUUCUACAAAUAAAAAAAGUGGGGAAUAAAUUAAUGUCCACCCCCUGAAUCAA